AGUUGAGCGUUGAGGCUGAAUUCAAAUUUAAAGGAAAUAUUUACACAUCGAAAAUGUUGUCUUACAUUAAAAUUAUAAUAACUCUAACAUUUCUGAUGGCUUUUGGGCAUAGUUUGCUUGUCCCCAUGGAAGUGGAAGAUAAAUGCCUGACUGAAAAUAACACAACUAGAAUGGAUUUAUAUGCCAAGAUCGAUCAGGCAAAAACUGAAGGACAUUUCGAAAAUAUUGAAAUGAAAUACAUGUGCUAUGUGCACUGUGCGGCAGCCGAGUUGGAGAUUCUUGAUGCCAAUGAGCAAUUGGACAUCGAGGUGUUCAAGACGAUGGAGCACUUGAUGGAGGAGAAUGCUGCAGUUAUAGAGGAAUGCCAUCGAGUGAUUAGCCUGGUCGAAGACAAGUGUGCUUAUGCAUUUCAAAUGUUGGUGUGUUACAUCAAAAGCUAUCGUAGAGUGGAUUAUAUUAGUAUUGCGCCGGGCAAGCAAUAAAUUGCUGAGACUCGAAAGAAAACAAACUAUUGCAAUCGAUUUUUAUAAAUAAAAUGAUUUUGUUUUAUUUAA